CCUGUAUACCAAAGGAAAAUUAAAAUAACUAAAUGUAAAGUGUAAAUAUAAAUGGAUUUCGUUGAAUAUCGAGUGCAUGCAGUGUUUUUAUUAACCGUUAACUUAACAGCAAUAAAUCUAUAUUCUGAAGUUGGACGCUAGUCCAAAAAAAAAAAUGAAUGCAUUUAUGUGAAUGUGCAUACAUCUUUACAUAUGCAUGUGUGUGUGUGCUCGUGUGUCAAAAAGUCCAUCAAUAAAUGAAGUGAAUCCUUAGCCAUUUGGCGAUUCUCUCCCAUAAUGUACUUGAGAUAAAUUUAAAACAAAAACGUCGGGGAUGAUGAUCAUCACAUAAGCAAAUUCAUUAAUGCAUUUAUUACGGCAGUAAAUAAUUCUGAAAUACAAAGUGCAUUUUACAAAUAAGUAAUGCAACCAAAGCAUCGGAAAUUGCGGCGAGUUGAAAGUAUAAUAAUAAAAAAGGAUAGUUAUGAUACUUCUGCUUCCCCACACAAAAUGGCUUCCACACAAAUCUGUACAGAUACAGAUUUUGGUCAGAAAUCUGUGUCAGUGCCGUCUAGGCAAUUCCGAAAAUUGUCCAUAUUUCAUUUAAUUUGUGCAAUAACUAUUGCGAUUGCGUAUAAUCUAAAAAUCGCAGAAGCGGAUCAAGUUGUUUUAUUGGACACAACAAGGGAAGCAACUCUGGAAUGGACUCGGUAUCCAUAUGGACCUCAAGCUCAGACUCCGGGCUGGGUAGAAGAGUCUUUUACGGAUUUUGUAAAAGGCAUUAACUGGCGUAGUUAUGUUGUAUGUGAUGUUGCAUACCACAAUGUUAACAACUGGCUCUGGUCGCCGUUUAUCGAUCGCGGACCCGCUAACCGGCUUUAUAUUGAAAUUCAAUUUACCAUUAGAGAUUGCUCAUUGUUUCCAGGAAACGCAUUGUCCUGCAAGGAAACAUUCAGUUUAUUGUUUUACGAAUUUGAUGCAGCGACUCGAGAGCCGCCGCCGUGGCAAACGGAUAGUUACAAACUGAUUGCUCGUAUAGCCGCUGGUGAAGGCCGAUUUAAUCAAAACUCUGACGUCGAUAUAAAUACCGAAGUGAAGAGUAUAGCCGUUAACAAGAAGGGUGUUUAUUUUGCAUUUCGCGAUCAGGGAGCCUGCAUCAGUGUGCUGGCUGUUAAAGUUUACUAUAUCACCUGUCCGGCGGUCACUGAGAAUUUCGCCCAUUUUAAUGAGACGCCCACUGGCCGAGAAAUCACCAUAAUUGAAAAGCAAAAUGGUACUUGCGUUGAAAACUCCGAACCAUAUGAGACACCCACAUAUCUGUGCAAAGGCGAUGGCAAAUGGACAAUUCUAACUGGCGGUUGCCGUUGUAAGGUGGGCUUUGAGCCAAAUGAUGUUAACAACACUUGUACCGAAUGUCCUGCCGGCACGUUUCGAUCGGCUGAAGUACGUAAGUGUGUGCCAUGUCCACCGAAUUCGAAUAGCUCCAAAACGGGAUCACCGCAAUGUAAAUGUAAGCAAGGAUUUUAUAGACAUCCCGUUGAUGGAAGGCAUAUGCCUUGCUACAAACCGCCAGGAGCCCCAAUGAAUCUAACCCUGUUGUUUGUUGACCAAACGAGUGCUAUCAUUUCGUGGAGUGCACCAGUAAAAGAUGAUUCGCUCUUGGCCAAUGGAAUGGAUAAAUAUCGCAGUGAUGUCGUAUAUAAAAUACGUUGUACAAUGUGCAGUUCAAAUGUCAUGUUCAAUCCAUCAACAGAUACGUUUAAUGAAACAAAACUGACAUUAACGAAUCUAGAUCCAGUUACCACAUAUACGGUACAGAUCCAUGCAACAAAUGGUAUCACAUAUUUAGUAGAGAACGGUUUCUAUAGCAACGAAACAUAUUCGAGUAGUGAAACUCAAUAUAACAACGCUUCAACAUUUUCAAACGUUAAUGGCCAACAACUUGAUCUUAAUGAAAUCAAGACAAAUCACGCUGAAAUUGUGUUUACCACUGAAUCGGUUAUGUUCACGACCGUAUUCAAUUUAAGAGUCGUAUCUAUAACUAGCAAAGAUGUCGAUCUUGUUUGGGAUAAGCCUAUCCAAAGUGAUACACCAAUUGAAUUGUAUGAAGUCCGAUGGUUUCCAAAAUCUGAUUUGGAUUCUAUAAACAAGACCGCAUUGAGCACAAAAGAGACAAAGGUUCAUAUAAGUGGAUUGAUCGAUAAUACUGAAUAUGGCUUUCAAGUCCGGUGUAAAACAAUCAAUGGAUUUGGAUCUUUUAGCAACAUGGUCUAUGCUCAAACCCAUCAGUCUGUUGGUUCAGUUUACGAAGAUUCAAUUCAAAUACGAUUUAUUGCUGGAGCCAUUGUAACGGGUGUCUUCUUUCUGGUGAUUUUUAUUGUUGCGACGGUUUAUUUUAUGAGAUCGAAGCAUCAAGAUGAGCUGGACAAAAAGUCCACUAACCAUUUGCCAUUACCGAUGGACUACGCCAGCAAUGAAGUAAAUGCUAUGGAUACAACUCCAAUUGUCAAGACUCUACAUUCGAAUGUGACGACUCCUUUGUUUGGAAACAGCCGGAGCUACGUGGAUCCACAUACAUACGAAGAUCCCAAUCAAGCAAUUCGAGAAUUUGCCCGUGAAAUCGAUGCAAAUUACAUCACAAUCGAGGCGAUAAUUGGUGGCGGAGAGUUCGGAGAUGUUUGUCGCGGACGUCUUAAAAUUCCUCCAAACUUUGUACAGGAUAUUGACGUCGCAAUUAAGACGUUAAAGCCAGGUUCUUCGGAAAAAGCACGUUGUGAUUUCUUGACAGAGGCCUCAAUAAUGGGACAAUUCGAUCAUCCGAACGUUAUAUAUCUUCAAGGCGUGGUCACACGCUCCAACCCGGUCAUGAUUAUAACGGAGUACAUGGAAAAUGGAAGCUUGGAUACUUUUCUGCGUGUUAAUGAUGGCAAAUUUCAAACGCUGCAGUUGAUUGUGAUGCUACGUGGAAUAGCGAGUGGAAUGUCUUAUCUGAGUGACAUGAAUUACGUCCAUCGUGACUUGGCAGCUCGAAAUGUACUUGUCGAUGCCCAGCUCAUUUGUAAAAUUGCCGAUUUUGGACUGUCUCGCGAAAUUGAAAAUGCCAGUGACGCAUACACUACGCGUGGUGGAAAAAUUCCUGUUCGCUGGACUGCACCGGAAGCAAUAGCUUUUCGUAAAUUUACAUCCGCAUCAGACGUUUGGUCAUAUGGUGUCGUUUUAUGGGAGGUUAUGUCCUAUGGCGAACGUCCUUAUUGGAACUGGUCAAAUCAGGAUGUGAUAAAGAGCAUUGAGAAGGGAUAUCGCUUACCAGCUCCGAUGGAUUGUCCGGAAGCUCUAUAUCAGCUAAUGUUGGAUUGCUGGCAAAAGCAACGAACUCAUCGACCAACAUUUGCUAGCAUUGUGUCAACCCUAGAUAAUUUAGCCAGACAGCCGCAGUCGCUGCUAACCACACGAAGUUCGCCAGAGAACGAUGGUACACAUAUUCUGGAUACACAACGUGGUCACAAUAUAUUUAUUAGCACCGAUUUAUGGCUAGAAAAUAUUAAAAUGUCCAGAUACAGUCAACACUUUAAAGAGGCUAAUUUAGUGAGUGCUCAACAGAUCUCAAGGUUAACAGCUCAACAGCUCUCCGACAUGGGAAUAACUUUAGUAGGACAUCAAAAGAAGAUUUUACACCAAGCGCGACAGCUUGAUACAAUAAUCUAGCCGGUAUAAUCAUAAGAUGUACAGACAGACAUACAUAUAAUCGAAACAAAUAUUGAUGUACGCCGACAAAUUUUAAAGUUGUGUGACAUAAAGUUUAAGCAAAUAAAUAAUUACCUUUAAAAUUAAGAAACAUUUGUAGUUUAUUAGUUGUAAGUAUCAACUUAUAUAUACAAACACACAUAUAAGGCUAUAUCUAUGUUUUGUAUAAACGGGAACGAAUAUGUUCUUUGUUUUUGUUUUCAGUUGCCACAUUUAUUUUUAAUUCACAUAACUUUAUGUAGUACAAUAUGCUGUUUAAUGCAUUCGAAAUUUAAAUUUUAUUUUAAAGUGGCAUUUUAGUAUUUACAUAACUGAACUGGACUAUUAUUUGAAAAGAUUCAUUUGGAUUGGACAAAUGACUUUAAAGAACAAAUAGUCGUUCUGUCUGUAGGUACAUACAUAUAUUAAUGUCGAGACUAAUACUUUUGUACCUACAGACUUAUUUAUAUUACAAAAUUACAAGUAAACAGUAAUAAUAUUAAAUAAACACAUAGUACGAAAUACAAACAAAAAAAGCAAAGGUUGCUCUCACACGAUCGACUUUUGAUAUUCUUACUCUUAACACGAAAAUUCCCUAGAAAUUAUUUCAUUAUACCGCUUUUAAAAAGAAUGUUCUUUUAAAUUUGAAUAUUGAUCUCAUUAAAUAGAUCUUCUGUUUUGAAGUCAAAUAAUUUUUGAAACCCUGGUUGCAACAGAUCGUAUUCUACUCUCUAUAUUUAAAAUAACAACCCUAUGAGCAUUUUUUAAUUCAGUAUCCCUAAUUAAUGUUCAAAGUACAAAUCGUAAGUAAAAA